AUGUUUCAACAAAAUGUUUCAAUGCUUAAUGCGAUUCAUCUUUUGGGAUUCAAUAACUCACAAGAUCUAAAUUAUUUAUUAUUUGCUAUUCUCCUCCUGAUCUACUGUAUGACGUUAUGUGGAAAUCUCCUCUUGGUGACUUUGGUAGUAUACAGCAGUGAUCUCCACCGGCCCAUGUACUUUUUCCUGACACAGUUGUCCAUAGCGGACCUCUUACUGACCACAGAUAUCGUCCCUAUAUUGCUCCACACUCUACUUCAUAAAGUUGGGACCAUUUCUUUGGGAGGCUGCUUUACACAAUUUUACAUAUUUGCCUGCUCUGAGUGUUCAGAGUGUCUUCUCCUAACGGUGAUGUCUUAUGACAGAUAUUUGGCCAUUUGUAACCCCUUACAUUACACCACCAUCAUGAACCAUAAUUUAUGUCUGAAACUGGCUAUCAUGAGUUGGUUGUUAAGUUUAUCAUUAGCGAUGGCUGACAUAGCAACAACAUCCAUGUUAGAAUUUUGUGGAUCGAAUACAAUUGACCACUUCUUCUGUGACCUGUUUCCAUUACUUGAACUAUCAUGUUCAGAUAUCAGUAGCGUCCUACUGAAAAUUCAGUUCAUAGCUGCCCCUGUUCUUGUCUGCCCAUUUUUAAUAGUCAUUAUAUCCUAUAGUUGUAUCAUCUAUGUCAUCCUAAAGAUUCCUUCAGCUACCGGUAGACAGAAAACCUUCUCCACCUGUAGCUCCCACCUCAUUGUGGUCUCCAUAUUCUAUGGGACAUUAUUUGGUGUUUAUAUUCUUCCAACUAAAGGACAAUCAUUGAAUAUUACAAAACUCUUGUCAUUGCUGUACACCGUUGGGACUCCACUGCUGAACCCCGUAAUAUACAGUCUAAGAAACGCACAAAUCCUUAAAGCAUUCAGUACCUUUAGGAGCUAUGCCUUACAGAAAAUACAUCAAAUGGCUGCAUUUUGA